AGAAUUGAUUUCAGAAUCAGCAUUGAUUGAUCUGACAUUUGAUGAUGCAGAGAGGUCUCAACAGUCAAACAACGUGGAUACUCAAUCGAGUAAACAAAGUGAAACCAAUUCAAAUGGUGCUGAUCAACAGAAUGAAUCGACAUCGAAAGGGAAAUCCAAAACAAAAUGUGAGUUUUGUAAUUAUGUGGCUCCGAAUGUAUCAAAGUUGAUAAGACACAGACGCAUCCACACUGGCGAGAAACCAUUUGAAUGCAACAUUUGUGCGAAAGGAUUUGCUCAAAAGGGUGAUCUGAAGAAGCACAUGAGAACUCACGCAAAACAAUUCCCGUUCCAUUGCUCGAUUUGUCGACAAGGAUUCACAGCGAAGCGAACAAAGGAGACGCACGAGAAAAACUGCAAUCCACGACGAUUUGAAUGUUACUUGUGCAAAUAUGCUACAUUAAACAAAACAGACUUAGUCCGACAUAUGUUCAUUCAUACCGGAGCCAGAUCAUUCCGAUGUUCUCAUUGUGCGAAACGAUUCGCCAAAAAAUCUGAUUUAGAAUCGCACUUAAAACGACUUAAUGGCAAAGCGAAAGCACAAGUUCAAGAACUUUUCACUGUUGAAGAACGGCUGGAGAAUGAGACCAAUUCAAAUGGCACUGAACAACCGAAAGGAUCGAAAUCGGGCGUAAAAUCCAAAACAAAAUGUGAGUUUUGUAAUUAUGUGACCAAAUAUCCGACAGAUCUAAUAAAACACAGACGCAUACACACUGGCAAGAAACCAUUUGAAUGCAAUAUUUGUACGAGGAGAUUAACUACAAAGAUCAAUUUGAAUCAGCACAUGAAAACUCACGCAAAACAAUUCCCAUUCCAUUGCUCGAUUUGUCGACAAGGAUUCACGGUGCAACUGACAAAGAUUGCACACGAGAAAAACUGCAGUCCACAUCUAUUUGAAUGUUACUUGUGCAAAUAUGACACCAUACUUAAAGGGAGUUUAGUCAGACAUAUGCGUAAGCAUACCGUAUCAUUCCGUUGCUCUCAUUGUUCGAAAUUAUUCACCACAAAAUCUACUUUAAAAUCACACCUAAGACGACUUAAUAACGAAAUGAAGUUACAGAAUAAAAAGCUUUUCACUAUCGAAGAAUGUCUAGAGAAAAUUUAA